AUGGGAUCGCAUAGCUUGCCUUCGCCCCCGGCGGAGGAGAAUAAAUCGGGAGCUUCUAGAAAGAGCACGUCGACAAAGUCUGUCAAGUCUACGAGUCGUGUUUCCAAGCGCGCCAGUGCCAGUGCUGCCGCUGCCCACCACCAUGAUCACGUAACUCACGCUGCGGGCAUGGAUGGCCGACAUAAGCGAGUAUGGAAGGCUUGUGAGAGAUGUAGAAUGAAGAAGACAAAGUGCGAUGGUGAAUUCCCUUGUAAGAGAUGUAAGGAUGACGGCCUUGUUUGUACAGCUGGGGUCCGCAAAAAGGUCGAGUAUAAGCAGCUGCCACGAGGAUACGCCGAGGUUCUUGAAAACACUCAAUUCGCCCUCAUUGCCACGGUUCACAAGCUGUACAACAUGGUGCGCAACUCACAAACAUGGGAGCUUGGCGAACCCGAUCUCAACGACCGCGGGCUCCCCGUGAUCCAUGAUAUCGCGCAGAAGCUCGGCUGCAUCCGGCCCAACAGCGACAUCGACCUCCCCGUGCACUCGGUGUUUCCCGAAGACGAAGCCGGCAUGGCAGAGCUCGCGCGUCAGCUCGAGGAACAGCAGAACAAGGACGGCGACAGCCAAAAGGACCUCAAGGACACCGACUCGUCCAGCUACCAGCGAAACGACCGUGCCUCGUCAUCGGAGCUCGACCAUUCCGACUUUGAGGACUACCGCAAGGCGGCAUUUGGCAGCGGCAACGCCAUGACACUAUCACCGCAGAGCUUCGCCGGCAGCAACGACUUCGACUUCAGUCCCACGGUGCCCGAGAUGGACCCCAGCGUCAUGUUUGCCUCACAAAACCAGUCCAUGCCCAACUUCUCCACAUGGUCCAUGCCCAAGUCUCAAAACAGCGGGCUGGCAAUGCAGCACUUUUUGCAGCAGGCAGAUGCCCUGCAGAGCAUGAACAUGAUGAACCAGCCCAUGGUUGAUCCUGAAUUCGGCACCAUCAAACCCGACAUCCUGUCAUGUCCCAACCCCGAUGUCAUGAUGGGCAUAGGCGACCCCAUGAUUUACGGCGGGUUUGACAGCGAGUCGAUGAGACUCUGA